CUUUCAUCUCCAUCUCCUCCCCCACAAAAUAGAAACUAGAAGAAGAAAAGCCAUCGAAAGAGAGAGAGAGAGAGGGAGAGAGAGGAGAUAACAAUGGGGAACAGCUUGAGGUGCUGUUUGGCGUGCGUGAUUCCCUGCGGCGCACUGGACUUGAUCCGGAUAGUCCAUCUGAACGGGUACGUGGAGGAAAUAACCCGACCCGUAACCGCCGGGGAGAUCCUGCAGGCCAACCCCAACCACGUCCUCAGCAAGCCUUCCUCACAGGGAGUCGUCCGCCGGAUCCUCAUCCUCUCGCCGGACUCCGAGCUCAAGCGCGGCGGCAUUUACUUCCUCAUCCCGGAAUCCUCCUUGCCCGACAAGAAACGGCCCCGUACAAAACGCAGCAGUAGCAGCAGCACUCUCAAAAAGUACUGUACCACCGACCACGAUAACAGCAAGAACAAUGAUGACCAUCACGCUUCGGUUAGACACCACUGCGAUCGGUACUUGACGGAGACGACAAUCUCCGAGGAGGAGAAGAAGCAAGAUUCGACGCCGUCAACACGGCGUCACAGACGGACUGGGACGGGCAGAUCUGGAGUGUGGCAGCCAUAUCUAGACAGCAUCACGGAAGACUCGUAAAUUUAAUGUACUGGGCCCCACUUUCCCCCUCGAUCUUCUUCUUUUUUCCGCCUCCCGGUCUCUCUCCGGUACCGGGAUCUGAGCCGGAGACGGACGUAGGUGGUGGUGGGGAUUCGGUUUCUUUUUUUAACCUCUCCUUUUUUUUACUGUUACUGUUACGGUGAUGGGGAGGAGGGUUGAUUGGGAUUUGUGGAUAGCUUCAUAUAUAUUUUUUUUUUGUGUUGGCCUUCACGAGGGAUAUGUUAAUUUUUGGUUUUCUUGUUUCGAUCUGCGAAUAGUAAAAUGGCAGAUCCGAG